AUGGCGCGCACUGCACCGCCUGGCCAAGCGCACGCUGCCAGCGACCUCGCAAACCUGUCCAGUCGGCAACUGCUCGACGGUCUCGUGCGCCAGCUGGCGUCGGAGGCAGACGUGCGAGGCAUCCUGCGUGCGCUGCGACUCUUCGGUGCGCCCACUGGCGGCAUGCGUCCGGCCGCACGCCCGAACGCGCCUUCGCCGACUGCGGAGACAUAUGCGCCGCUCGCCAUCUACUUCAGCAGUCUUGCGAUGCCGAGCCAUGCAGUUCGCUUCGCCCGCCUCGCCCUGCAGCACUACACAGAGCCCGUCGAGCCGCGCAGUCCAGCGACGUUGGCUGUGCGGAUGGCCGUGCAGAGAGCUGCGCACAGCCUAAUUGCUGCCGGUCAGCCGCAAGACGCGCUCGCAUUCGCACUCGCUACACUGCGCUUCUCGCCGAGCGCCAAAGCUGAGCUGCGGCCCUUCGCCUCGUCAAAGUCCCAGGCCGGCGGCGUGCCCGCCGCAGCGCUCGAUGCCACCAUCGAGAUGUAUCCUGUUCUCUUGCGCGCCGCCGCUGCGCUGCCGUUGGAGAGCCGAGUCUACGCUGCGCGUGCGCUGCUCAAGGAGCUCUUCCGUGCCGGCCACAGGCCCGACUAUCGCAUCCGCCGCGCGAUUGGCUACCUGCUGGUGUCCACCAUCGACAAGAACGGCCGCCUGCUGCGCCGCUUCUUUGCGCCCGUGGAACCCAGCGAGCUACUGAUCCGCGUCGACGAGCUGUCGCAAGCAGCUGCCAAGGCCACCACGCCGGACCGACGGCACGCCAUCAAGGCCCGCGCGCGAGAGCUGGAGCGCUUCGGCGCCCUGCUGACCGAGCUGGACCACAUCGGCUUCCAGGACCGCCUCCGCAUCGCAGGCGACAGAUCGCACCGAGCGCGCAUGAGGUCCAGGGCAGCAGCUCGCGAAAGCGCGCCUCUGCCAGAGUCUUUCGACGUCGACGAGGAUCUCGACGACGGAUUGCCGGAGCUUCCCGAAGCGCCACGUGCGGUCGAAGCUCCUGCCUUCCCCUCCGCGCCCGUACCGCGCCCGCACAAGCCGGUCGCGGUGCCAAUCGGCGUCCCGGCCGGCCCCUCGCCAAGCACGUCAAGGCCGCAAUCCUCUCCGGUGGCAGUCGCUCCUUCUGCCGCGCCACAGCAGCGCUCUGCUCCGGUCGCCGUGCCACUCUCGACCGGCGCUUUGUUCGCCGAUCACGCGCAGGUGACCCACGAGCAGGAAUCUCGCGUGCAAGAGGCAGAGUUUGCGCGCAUGCUUGUAGAGCAAGAAGCGCCCUUGCCGCGCGAGCCGGUGGCGCAUCUUCACCAGGACGAGACUCGACCACGAGUCACCGCUUUGCUGAACACUCCUGUGCUCUCCUCUCUCCGCGAGCAGACGCCGCCAGACACGGCCACGCACGUCGAGCGGGAGACGGACUUCUCGCACGCGCUGUCGCCCAGUGCGUAUGCCAUGCGCAUGCGCGUCUACGCCGUACUCUGGCAGGACCUCGACUCCGCGGUGCGCCUCUUCCGCUCCAUGCUCGAGCACAAGGUGCGGCCGACCAUGCUGCACAUUGCGCCGCUCGUCGAAGGCUUUGUGCAGCAGGGUCGCCUGCGCGAGGCGCAGCUGGUGCUCGACGAGGCCGUGGCCAAGCUUGGCCUUGCGCCGACGCUGCGCCUGCACUCGGCGAUGAUCCGAGGCUAUGCACGCCUGGGACAGUGGGAUGCCGUGCAGCGCCAGCUGCGCAGCGUCCGCUCCGCUGGGCUCGAGGUCGACGUUGGCCUGCAGGCCAUGCUGGCCCAUGCGCGAAGCGCGGACCCGGAGAGGCGCCUUGAUGCUGCCGAAGCGGCGGAGCAGGAUGCCAGCAUCGAGCAGCUCCUCGCGGCGCCCACGCCCCCGGCCACGCAGGCCGUCUCGCUGCACUUCGAAGCGCUCAUCAAGACCUGGCGCUUCCUCUCCGCGCACACGCUGGUCCGUCGAGCGCUGGACGCAGGCAUGCAUCGCGACGCCCUGCUGCGCCGACAGGUGCAUCGCUCAGGCUCGCUCAUCGCCGGCUAUCGGCGCGGCCAGCUGCGCGGCCCGCCUGCCUGGGCACGCGGCGAGGACGGAGCGGAGCUGGCGCCGCGCGAGCUGAGCGCUCAGGAGCUAGACGAGGCGGCCAUGCUGCAGCGGCAGAACCGCAAACGGCUCCACGAGCACGCGGCGGCCGAGCGCUACGAGCUGCGCCGCAUGCGCAGGGUCAGAUGCGACGCCGUGCGCCUCGCCUUUGACGCGCUCGUCACAUACAAGCUGCGCGACGAGGUGCAAGCAGGCAUCGGAAGCGAAGUCACAGCGCGUGUCGCGGGCCGCACGAAGAAGGCUGGGCGCACGGCAAAGCACGAGCAGGCGAAGCGCAAGCACAAGCGGCGGACAGGUGCGCUGCCGUUGCACGAGCAGAGUACGUAG